AUGGCAAUCAUCCAGGACUACGAGCGCCUGGAUAUCCACUCUUUAUUGUAUACAGCACGAUGCGACUCGUCUCCCGUGGUCAAGCCACAAUAUAAUAUCAAGAUACCAAACCAGCCCUCCUCUCCAAUUCCCACUUCGUCCUCUGCUACUUCCCUGGUUCAGAAGAGCUCCUACGCUGUGCAGACCAGGCAGGCAAGUCUAGUGCCAGCCAAAAUUAGCACCGGCACCCGAUCCCGAAACGCUGCAGGCUCAUACUCGAUCUUGAUCUCCAACCUCACACGAACGUAUGGUCCAUAUGCAUUAUCGUCCGCCCCUCAAAAUCUCCAGACUCCAGCCCUCCUACACUCCCAGUUUGAGGAGGGCGGGGCGGGGGUCACGUGUUCAGCGGAAAUUACCCGGUUACGGAAACGAAGGGCUGGGAAAGCCGGGGGGCUCUGGGAGAGAGAGAGUGGUAGUGCGUCCCCACCGCAUGGUAACGGCGCAACGCAGUCCCCUAGGUCCGGAGUCGGGACGGAGUAA